AUGGAGGACAAAUCAUCCGUGCCGAAGUUUGAUUGCUACAAGGAGCCAGCUACGCUAGGUCCUCGCUGGACCAGGUGGCUAACGGCGUUUGAACUGUUUGCUGACGGGAAAGGUUUAAUCUUGGACGCAAGGGUCACCGACAACACAAAGAUUCGGAGACGUGCUUUACUCCUACAUCACGCCGGGACGGAUGUGCAGGAUAUUUUUUCCACUUUGGACGACACUGGAGGUUCGUCGGACUAUGACAAGGCUGUGAAGGCGCUAAACGACUACUUCGUACCAAAGGUGAACAAUGCAUUUGCGCGCCAAACUUUCUACCAACUGUCACAGAAUGCAGGGGAGACUGUACAGCAGUUUGUAACCCGUUUACGCCGGACGGCAAAAGACUGUGCAUUUGUGGGCGACUUGUCUAACCAGCUCAGGGAUGCUGUGCUAAGUAAAUGCUCGUCGGAGUAUGUGCGGAGGAAACUGCUCGAGGAGGGCUCGGAGUUAGUCCUCGACAAAGCACUAGAGAUCGCGGCACAGUGUGAGAGGGUGGAGGAACAGAUGGCGGCAAUGCGAGUGAACGACACAGACAUCAAAGGCGCCGAGGCGGUGAACCAAAUCUCGAAGGGGAGAGGAGAGCGGGGCAAAUUCCGAAAACGCGAGGGAGAGGAGAAAGGCAAAGUCUGCUUCAGGUGUGGACAUGGCGACCACUUCGCGAAAGACCAGAAAUGCCCAGCUCGCGGACAAACCUGCAGACAGUGCAACGGCAAGGACCACUACGCCAAGAUGUGCAAGUCAAAAGGUAGUAGGGGGUCAGUGAAGUAUGUAGAUGAAAAGCAGGAAAAAGAUUUUGCGUUUGUUGUGCGUGACAAUAGCAACACAGAUAGCCUGACAUUUAAUGUGGGUGGCGUGGACCUAGUAAUGUUGAUUGAUUCAGGGGCCACGACCAACAUAGUUGAUGAAAAUACAUGGGAAAGGCUGAAGAAAAAGAAAAUUAAUUGUGAGUCAGCCAAAUCCGACAAGAAAUUGUACACAUAUUCCUCAAAGGAGCCACUGCCGGUAAAGGGAGUGUUCACAUGUGAUGUGAAGAUAGGCAAAAGAGCGACACAAGCAGAGUUCACAGUGAUCGCAGGUCAGGGUGUACCGCUACUUGGCAGGCAGACAGCUACAGAGCUAGGAGUGCUAAGGGUGGGUGUAGAUGUUGCAGCAGUCACCGAUGUUAAGACAGAGGUGCAAGGAAAAUACCCAAAGUUAUUCACAGGGGUGGGUAAGCUUAACACUAAGCAAGUUAGACUGCACAUCGACGGCAACGUGGAGCCCGUAGCACAGCCGCUGAGACGGGUACCAUUCCACCUGCGGGAGGCGGUCGAUAGGAAGAUCGAGGAGCUGCUACGAAUGGACAUCAUCGAGAAAGUGGAGGGUCCAACGCCAUGGGUGAACCCUGUCGUAGUGGUGCCGAAGGCAAAGGACAAAGACAUUCGCUUAUGCCUGGACAUGAGAAUGGCAAACAGGGCAAUCAUCCGGGGCAGAUACCCGAUCCCGACCGUUGAUGAACUGUUGCAUGACAUGAACGGGUCAGCUGUGUUCAGUAAGCUCGACCUGCGGUGGGGCUACCACCAGCUGGAGCUCACUGAGGAGUCAAGGGCGAUCACAACAUUCGCCGUACACAGCGGAACAUACCGCUACAAGAGACUCAUAUUCGGGGUCUCGUCUGCGAGUGAGCAGUAUCAGCACGAGGUGGCAUCGGCGCUGACAGGCAUCGAGGGAGUGGCCAACAUCUCCGAUGACAUCAUCGUCCAUGCACCUGACCACGACACGCAUCGCCAGCGACUACAUGCAGUGCUGGAGAGGCUGGAGAAGUGCGGCUUAACCCUGAACGGUGAGAAGUGUCAAUUUGAGAUGGACAAAUUAGUGUUCAUGGGCAUCUUACUGACUGAAAAGGGAGUAGGGCCUACCAGUGAGCGAGUCAGAGCCCUGGAGGAGGCGCGUGAGCCAGAGAACGCAUCAGAGGUACGCAGCUUUCUGGGUCUAGCUGGGUACAGCAGCCGUUUCAUACCCCAGUUUGCGACCAUCUCAGAGCCGCUGCGGAGGCUGACAAAGAAAGAGGUACCGUUCGUCUUCGGGCCAGAGCAACAGGUGGCGUUCGAGACACUGAAACUGAAAUUGGCAGAGGCGGGAACGCUGGCAUACUUUCACAAAGAUGCCCCCACCAAAGUGAUAGCUGACGCAGGCCCGGUGGGCAUAGGGGCAGUUCUAAUCCAAGAGCAACAGGGUGCUAUGGUGCCUAUAUGUUAUGUAAGCAGGAGCCUGACAGACUGUGAAACGAGAUACUCGCAGACGGAGAAAGAGGCCCUGGCACUGGUGUGGGCAUGCGAGCGUCUACACCCAUACAUAUACGGCAAGAGGUUCGACUUAGUGACUGAUCACAAAGCCCUACAGGUGAUCUACAGCCCCAAGUCCAAGCCAUGCGCUAGGAUCGAGCGCUGGGGUGCUCCGCCUGCAGCCAUACGACUUUCGAGUCGUGCACAUCGCGGGAAAGUUCAACAUAGCAGAUCCCCUGUCACGUCUGCUGGGGAAAAGCGCUAA